AUGGGCUUAAUAGUCGGCGCAGUUUUACAUAAUCAAGCAUACCUAUUUCAUUUCGAGUCUUGGCAUUCCCACAACAAGUGUCGCAGGACCGUGAACAACUUAGCAAGGAGGAUGGAAAAUAAUUCGAGCACAACUUGUAGAUACGAAAAGUGGGAACUCUCCGAUUCUGCUUGGCUGUUUCGAACCAAUUCCACGGAGGCAAAAUGUGAUAUUGAACGUGUUAGCGAAGGAAGAGAAUCCACCAGUUGCUGGAUGGCAUUUCUUGGUAUCUCCUUGGCGCUGCUUAGCGGUCUGUUCAUGGGUAUAGCGGACGUGUUUUGCGUUAUCUGUGUGUAUGCUGGUCUGUCUCCGGCUCAAAAUCUGACCAUUAGAUCCUUAGCAGUCGCAACAGUGAUAAUACCUAUUAUGAUGUGUCGUAGGAUAAACCCGUUUAACAUUAAGAAGAGGGACAUUGUGCUUGCUGUCAUGAAAGGCUCUCUAGAAAACGGGGCUGAUAUCAUGUUUUACUAUACAGCAGUUCUGCGUGGUAUCGGAGAUGCCACUGCGAUCACUACUGGAGCCGUCAUGGUGUUUAUACCGGUUAUUGCUCGUAUAUUCGUCAAUGAGAAGCUAACAGUGAAAGACGGCAUCACCAUAUUGGUCAAUAUCGUCGGCAUUAUUCUCGUUACACGUCCGGAAUUCAUUUUUGGUCCAACUCAAGGUGGGCCCAUUCUGGACACUAAGCACGUAGCUUUGGGCUACAUUCUGGCGCUGGUGACAAGUCUAUCUUUAGCGAUUGGCGUAGUGUGUUUCAAGGGACUGUCUGAUGAUAUAUCAGUUUUAAUCGUUAUGUUUUAUUCAUGUCUGUCCGGUGUACUGGUAAAUUUACCUUUAAUAUACUUCACAAGCACCGCGCCAAUUUAUACCCUAAUCAGUGAAAACAUCGCUAUAAUUGGAUAUUUGUUUGCAAUAGUGGUCUUAUACAUUGGUUACCUGUACACUUUCAAUACAGCGCUUCAACUGGAACCUGCCGCCAAGGUGGCUCUUCUAUGCAAUUUCCAGGUGAUGGUUAGUUUUGCUGCGGAAGUCAUCGUCUUUCACAACGUUGUAACCGUUCUGGAACUUGUCGGUGCCGGCCUUGUGCUACUCAGUUCGUGCAUUGUAACUAUAUUAGCUUGGCUAUCCAGUGAAAAUUAUAAUAAUGCCAAGAAAUCGAGUUCAAUACAGUAA